AACAACCUGGACACCGGCGCGCGGCGUGGGUGAGAUCCCAGCGGAGUUCCCGGUCCCUCCCCUAAAUUCCCAGCAAUCGGAAUGGGAACCCCAGCGUACUCGAGGAUCACACCGCGUCCCUUUCAGCUCCUUCCCCAUCCCCGGAGACUGCCACCAGUGUCGGUGCUGAACUCUGGCCGGCCCCGAGAAGACAGCCCCACUCCAGACCCAGACCACCUUCCAGGGAAGGACCCUGAGGAUACCUCUGCUCAGAUGGGUCCUGCAGUUCUGAGCUUGAGCCCUCUUUGCCUGGACAGCAGCCACGCCCCCAGCUGGCCUGGGCUUCAGCGCCUCCUGUGGCAGCUCCCUCCACAGGACAGUGACGAGCGCUACUGCCUGGCCCUUGGGGAGGAGGAGCUGGGGAGUCUGCGGCUCUUCUGUGCUCAGCGGAAGCAGGAGGCCCUGGGACAGGGAGUGGCCUGCCUGAUACCUCCCAGGCUAGAAGGACACCCCUGUGAGAAGUGCAAGGAGCGGCUGAAGCCAGGGGACUACGGAGUGCUCGCAGCCCGGGCAGGAGAGUGGCGCUGCUGGCACCGGCCUUGCUUCGCCUGCCAGGCCUGUGGCCAGACUCUGAUAAACCUCAUCUACUUCUACCACGAUGGACGUCUCUACUGUGGCCGUCACCAUGCUGAACUGCUGCGACCCCGCUGCCCGGCUUGUGACCAGCUGAUCUUCUCCCAGCGCUGCACCGAGGCUGAGGGACGGCGCUGGCACGAAAACCACUUCUGCUGCCAGGACUGCGCGCGGCCCCUGGGCGGGGGACGUUAUGCUCUGAACAGGGGCAACCCCUGCUGCCCCAGCUGCUUCGAGAGCCGCUACUCAGUUGGGGGUCCAGGCCCGGCCUGGGCACUGGAAGGGAGGGCGUCCCUUGGGGAGACCGGACCCAGCCAGGCGGAAGGAAGGCACUGCACCUUGCUGAACGCCGUGACCAGCUCCGGAGAAGCUCCUUUCGCCGCUGCCGCCGGCUCCUACCUGCCAACCCAGAAGGGGCUGCUUGAACCCGGUCCGGAGCAGGAGUGCGGAGCUGGGGAUAUCGCGGAGGCUACCAAAGGGGAAGAGCAAGACCUCCUGGAGACAACCUACGAUCCCAAGGGGGACGCCCCUUGUCCCACUUGCUCCUCUUCCUCUGACUCGGAACCCGAAGGCUUUUUCUUAGGCCAGCGCCUUCCCCAGCCCCGGAAGACCCCCAGAAGCCUCCAAGCAGGGAACAGCGACACCUCCAGGAAGCACUGCAUCAUUUGCUAGUGGUGCAGCUCGGAGAUAGGGGA